UAUCAGUACGGGACCUGACAAACAACAGACAGGACUGCUGUACGGGGUCGGGUGACAAUAUUGUGGAGACUGUACAGUGGCUGACCUUUGUGGUUACACGAACUUACCUCUCAGCUGAUUGAGAGGAAAAUCACCAAACCUGUAAAAAAGAACUCACUAUAUUUUUAUAAGUAAAACCAGAUACACUUCUUGACGAGAUUGUCGUUAAUACUCUUGAAGCCUACAGCCAUUUCUUGAAAGACCCCGCACCAUGGAGUUCAUCAGACUGUUACUUCUCUUCUGUGUCCUCUCAACACAUCGUUCGUCAGCAGUGUCCUCCACAACCACAGAUCACGGAUCAUCACUUCCCAGUAACACGUCAAUGAGUGGUAGUGAGACCACUCACACUCAAACCUCACCACAAACUGUGACAAGUCUGUCCAAUUCUGCUGAGAAGACAUCAUCUGCCCAACCUGCAAAGACUACGUCCCCGGUUACUACCACGCUGAUGCCCAGGAAUACCACCACUCAAACACUAGGCUCUUUUCUAUCCGGGCUGUUAAACUCAUUCCUACCCACGGUCCUAAACUCCUCCGCCAACGCAACAUCCCCUACAACUUCAAGACUCCCGCUUUCACUCAUUUCCAUGCAGAACAAGAUCCCAGAAGGAAUGAGGAACUCCAUCUUGCCCCUUCUCAUGGAGGAAGGAACCCCCGAUCUAGAAUCAAUUACACGUCUUUUUAAGAGCCUCACCUGAGCUCCCGACUAUCUUGAAGGGUCUGCUACAGUCAAAUACAAGCGGACUGACCACAGAGGAACGGACAUGUUCAGAAGAUAUGGACACGUAUCUAACCGAUCUCUUACUGAUGAAGAUAUGGGCACUUAACAUGUUCGAUGCAUCCGGAAAACCUGGCACCGCCAUCAUGGAAGGGGCCACGACCUUUUUCGGCAACUUUGACGAAUGUCUUGACGGACCCAGUAAGGUGGACCCAGCCACAGGGAGAGAAGUGAAGGGGGACACCUGCGUUGUCAGCAUUAAACCUCCUGCACAGCUGUUGGGCAUGAUGGGAGGUGGAGGUGGAGGAAAUGCUGCUGGCAUUUUGGGCGGACAACAACUGGUCUUCAACUGGCACCUGUGUCUUCCCAGUAGUUGCGGCAGCAGGAUUGGUCCAGACGGGGCUCCAGAGCCGUCUAUCGCAAGUCAACUUGACAGUGGCAAGAGUGGUGUGUCAUUCGGAAAUAAAGAACGGCCCCGUCAGUAACGACAGUGGUGCGGUUGGAGCCAUCGUCCUGACAGCCAUCUUGGGAUGCAUGGUUCUUCUGGGUUCUGGUGUGGAUCUGUACAUCCGGGCCACCAAAGAUCGUCGUCAAAAGGUUCCCCUGAGUCCUCGUAAAGACAAAGUUAAACUUGACGAGAUCUGUACUACCUUGAACCAUUCUGUUGAAACGGCAUUUACAAAUGGGAAAACAGAUACAAAUGGCUUGAUUGAGAAUUCACGUCUCAAUAUUGAGAACGGUGGAAUAGACAACCCUGCAGGCCCACAAGUUCAGGAGACAAACGGUGGACACUUGGUGUAUUCUAAACAGCAGCCCCGAACAGUGGACAAACAACGUGACCAGAAAUAUAAGCCUAAGUUAUGGGAGCGUGUCCUGUUGUGUUUCUCAGCCGUCAGCAAUGGGGAGAAGAUCCUCAGCGUUAAACGUUCACCUGCAUCUAUUACCUGUCUCCACGGCAUCCGGGUCCUCAGCAUCGGCUGGGUCAUUUUGGGCCACACGUACUUAUAUUCCGCGUCUAACGCAGGAAACCCCAAAUCAUUCGUGAAGACAAUACAGGGUUUCAGUUUCCAAAUUAUGAUGAACGCAACCCUGGCUGUUGAUUCCUUCUUUGUCCUCAGUGGCCUAUUGGUGACGUACUUGUUCCUGAAGGAGACAGAGAAGGCUGGAGGUCUGAAGGUGAAGCACAUGGUCAUGUACUACGUCCACCGCUACUUGAGACUGACGCCCGUCUAUGCCUACGUUAUGUUCGUCUACACGUUCCUAGUGAGUCAUCUGGCGGAUGGUCCAACGUGGGUUGGGCCGUAUGACAAGAAGAUGUGUGAGCAAUACUGGUGGACGAGCCUACUCUACAUCAACAAUGUCUAUGAAGCAAAGAAACAGUGUAUGGGCUGGGGCUGGUACUUGGCUAACGACAUGCAGUUCUACGUGGUCGCUCCAUUGGCCCUCAUUCCAUGGGCGUUAAGUUCGAGAUGGACGGAGGCUACAGCUGGGAAGAUCUUCAAGGCAGCGGGUAUCACUGUUGUGUUCGGUUACCUCAUCUGCAGCGUCGCCACCACCGCCUCACUCACAUUCGAGUACAACGCUGACCUUUACAAAAACACUUUGGUAUACUUUGAAAUGGUGUACGAGAAACCUUGGUGUCGGAUCGGAACAUUCGCCAUAGGGAUGAUGCUAGGCUACAUCCUUCACACCUUCAAGUCCCGCGAUGUCAAGAUGUCUCCAUUCCUGCAGGGAGUGGGCUGGCUCCUGGCUUUGGUGGCAGCCGGGGCCUGUACACUGGCGACCUAUGACGCCAAUGCUGAGGGGAGACCUGGCUGGGGACUUGAAGCAAGGACGGCUCAUGAGACGCUCUUUAGACCAGUGUGGGGGCUGGUGUUGGCCUGGGUCAUCUUCAUGUGCUUCAAGGGGAAAGCAGGUUUCGUGGACUGGAUGUUGUCCUGGGACUGGUGGCAGCCUCUUUCUCGACUCACAUACGGGGUCUACCUUGUACACCUCAUGUUUAUACAGACUGAAGCAGCCACUGCGAGAUCCCUAUUCAACUUUACAUCCGGAUACAUUGUUUACCGCUUCUUCGGCUACACGUGCAUGUCGUUCAUCUUCUCCUUCCUGCUGGCCAUCCUGGUGGAGGCGCCCAUGCUGCAGCUGGAGAAGCUGGUCCUGUCCUGAGUCAUAGUAGUUGCUGUCGACGUCAUCUACCACAACUACCACAACUACCUGUAUAAUGCCUGUGUGAUACAGGUGCUAA